UAUGGCAGUGUGAGGAGUAAAUGGCUCAGAGUAUCGGCGGCAGAAACCGACCUAAACACUGGUCUGGAAACCGAUAAACAAACACAACAAAGCGCGGUGCUGGUUCUGGGGGCGCACGGAAACUGUGCCAGUUGUCCAAAAAGCCAAGAAGACUCCGACCUUUUUGUGGUUGUUUAUUUUUUUAUUUUUUUUGUGUCUGGUGUGUGUGCAUGUGUGUGAGAACAACGAGGAUAUCUUAAUUGGACAUGUGAGUUACGGGAGUUAACAAGACAAGCAGCCCUUUCAAAGAUGAAGUUCCCCGCUUGCGUCCUCGUCACUUUGGCGCUGAUCCGAUCGAGUGCAGCACAGUCAGUUUGCCCCGGCACGGAGAACAAGUUGAGCACGCUGUCUGACCUGGACCAGCAGUACCGCACCCUGAAGAAGCUCUACGAGAACUGCGAAGUCGUCAUGGGCAAUUUGGAGAUAACCAGCAUCGAUCGAAACCGCAACCUCUCCUUCCUCAAGUCAAUCAGAGAGGUGACCGGCUAUGUGUUGGUGGCCCUAAACCAGUUCGACUACCUGCUGCUGGAGAACCUACGGAUCAUCCGCGGCACCAAACUGUACGAGGGCCGCUACGCCCUGGCCAUCUUCCUCAACUACAGGCGGGACGGGUAUCACGGCCUGAGACAGCUGGGCCUGCGCAACCUCACAGAGAUACUGAAUGGGGGUGUUUAUGUUGACCAGAACAAAUUCCUGUGCCAUGCGGACACCAUCCACUGGCGUGACAUUAUCAAGAACCCCCAGGCUGAGCUGCUGGUGGUACCUUCCAACAACAGCAACCUCGGAUGCAGGCGCUGUCAUCGCUCGUGUAAUGGACGCUGCUGGGGCAAUCAGGAAGACCAGUGCCAGACCUUGACAAAGACGGUGUGUGCAGAGCAGUGUGACGGUCGAUGCUUCGGGCCUUACGUCAGCGACUGCUGCCAUCGCGAAUGUGCCGGCGGCUGCUCGGGCCCCAAGGACACGGACUGCUUUGCCUGCACCAAUUUCAACGACAGCGGAGCCUGUGUGACCCAGUGCCCUCAGCCGUUCGUGUACAACCCCACGUCUUUUCAGUUAGAGCACAACCCCAGAGCCAAGUACACUUAUGGAGCCUUUUGCGUCAAGAAAUGCCCACAUAACUUUGUGGUGGACCACAGCUCCUGCGUAAGAGCUUGUCCCAGCAACAAGAUGGAAGUGGAGGAGAACCGCAUCAAAAUGUGCAUCCCCUGCACAGACAUCUGUCCUAAAGUGUGUGAUGGCAUAGGGACGGGCAGCCUGCAGACAGCUCAAACAGUGGACGCCAGCAAUAUUGACAAAUUUGUCAACUGCACCAAAAUCAACGGCAACCUCAUCUUCCUCAUUACUGGCAUUAAAGGGGACAUGUAUCAUGGUAUCGGACCUUUGGACCCUGAGCGCCUCAACGUGUUCCGCACUGUGAAAGAGAUCACAGGUUACCUCAACAUCCAGUCUUGGCCUGAGAAUAUGACAGAUCUGAGUGUUUUUUCCAGCCUGGCAACCAUCGGAGGCAGAUCUCUUUACAGUGGAAGUGGUAUUUCUCUGCUGAUCCUAAAGCAGCGUUGGAUCUCCUCCCUCCAGUUCCAGUCGUUGGAUGAGAUCAGCGCCGGUAACGUCUACAUCUUCAACAACAGCCGCCUGUGUUUCUACAACACCGUCAACUGGACGUCACUCUUCAGGACGCCAAGCCAGAAAGUCCUCAUCCGCAACAACCGAGAUCCAAAGGAAUGCACUCAACAGCGAAUGGUGUGUGACCGGAUGUGUUCAGACGAUGGCUGCUGGGGCCCGGGGCCAGACCAGUGUCUUUCCUGUCGAUACUUCAGACGAGGCCGCACCUGCGUUGAGUCCUGCAACCUCUUUGACGGGGAAGUGCGUGAAUUUGCCAAUGGAUCUGUGUGUCUGGAGUGUGAUAGCCAAUGUGAGAAAAUGGAAGGGGACACCGUGACAUGUCUUGGCCAGGGCCCGGACCAAUGUGUAAAAUGCCUCCACUUCAAAGACGGACCCAACUGCGUGGAGAAGUGCCCGGACGGGUUGCAGGGAGCUAACAGUUUUAUCUUCAAAUACGCCAAGGCCAACAAUGAGUGUCAUCCCUGCCAUGCCAACUGCACCCAGGGGUGCGUCGGGCCAAGACUUCAAGAUUGUGUUGGGAUGAUGGACAGGACACCCCUAAUAGCAGCUGGCAUUAUCGGAAGUCUAUUUAUCAUCGUCAUCCUGGCCCUCAGCGUGGCAGUGUAUGUUCGACGCAAAAGCAUCAAGAAGAAAAGGGCCUUGAGGAGAUUCCUAGAGACAGAGCUGGUGGAGCCCCUGACCCCCAGUGGAACGGCCCCUAACCAGGCGCAGCUGCGGAUCCUGAAAGAGACGGAGCUGAAGAGGGUCAAGAUUCUGGGUUCAGGAGCUUUUGGAACGGUCUACAAGGGCAUCUGGGUCCCAGAAGGUGAGACAGUGAAGAUCCCUGUGGCCAUUAAAAUCCUCAAUGAGACCACCGGUCCUAAAGCCAACGUGGAGUUCAUGGACGAGGCCCUGAUCAUGGCCAGCAUGGAGCACCCCCACCUGGUGCGUCUGCUGGGCGUCUGCCUGAGCCCCACCAUCCAGCUGGUCACCCAGCUCAUGCCCCACGGGUGCCUCCUCGACUACGUGCACGAGCACAAGGACAACAUCGGAUCACAGCUGCUGCUCAACUGGUGUGUCCAAAUCGCCAAGGGGAUGAUGUACCUGGAGGAGAGGAGGCUGGUCCACAGGGACCUGGCGGCACGGAACGUGCUGGUGAAGUCGCCCAAUCACAUCAAGAUCACCGACUUCGGCCUGGCGCGGCUGCUGGACGCUGAUGAGAAGGAGUACAACGCGGACGGGGGCAAGAUGCCCAUUAAAUGGAUGGCUCUGGAAUGCAUUCACUACAGGAAGUUCACCCAUCAGAGUGACGUGUGGAGUUAUGGAGUGACCAUCUGGGAGCUGAUGACGUUCGGAGGCAAGCCCUACGACGGCAUCCCCACGCGAGAAAUCCCAGACAUCCUGGAGAAAGGGGAGCGCCUGCCCCAGCCCCCCAUUUGCACCAUAGACGUCUACAUGGUCAUGGUCAAAUGCUGGAUGAUUGACGCAGACAGUAGGCCCAAGUUCAAGGAGUUAGCUGCUGAGUUCUGCCGAAUGGCCCGUGACCCUCAGCGAUACCUGGUCAUCCAGGGAGACGACCGCAUGAAGCUUCCCAGCCCCAAUGACAGCAAGUUCUUCCAGAGCCUUCUGGAUGAAGAAGACCUCGAUGACUUGAUGGAUGCCGAGGAGUAUCUGGUGCCUCGCGGUUUCAACAUGGCUCCUCAGUCAUAUACUACCAGGCCUCGAGUUGACUCCAACAGAAACCAGUUCGGCUAUCGAGAUGGUGGUCCAAACCCUGCAGAGGGCUCCAUGGUGGGUGCCCAAGCCUGUGUGAACCAGGAAGCAGCAGGUGGCUCGGGUCCAGCUCUGGAGGACCAGCGCUGUAAUGGGAGCCUGCAUAAAAAGGGCCUGAGCCAGACUGGGGGAGAGGAUAGCGGAGGCCAGAGGUACAGUGCCGACCCCACCAUUUUCCUUGGGGAGAGGACAUCCAGAGGGGACACUGAUGAGGAUGGCUAUAUGACCCCCAUGAAGGACAAGAGCUCCUCAGAAUACCUGAAUCCCAUUGAGGAGAACCCAUUCGUCUCACGACGUAAAAACGGUGAGAUCCACGCCUUGGACAACCCGGGCUACCACAGCACACCCAACAGUCAGCCCAAAGGAGAGGAUGAGUACAUCAACGAGCCCCUCUACCUCAACACCUUCCACAGCCCUGCAGAGCUGGGCCUGGAAGCCCUGAGGAGAAAUGGUCUGCCCCUUCCCACCCAGCCUCCUUCCUCCAUCUCAGCCCCGACCUCAAGCUCCCACCUCCCACUUACCAUCCAGACCAGCCUGCCCCACUACCCCCUCCCGACGACCCAACCCUCUCCAUCUGGCAUGCCUUGCCACCAUGGCCCACCGACCCACAUCCUCCAUGCCCACCACAACGUCAAACCUGCAGGACAACCUAGCAAUCCAGGUGGCGGUUCUGCCACUCAAAGCCAAACAGGGGCUACUGCCCAAUCCCAGGUGUGCCAGUCAGGUGCCCUGUCCACUUCAGCCACCAUCGGGCACGGCAGCCUGCCAGCCUACCAGAGCCACGGAACCAUGCACCCCGCCAGCAUGCUGAAGCAUGGAGGACAGAUGUCAGGUAAAGCCAGUGGGAAGAAGCUCAAGGUGACCUUUGACAAUCCAGAAUACUGGCAGCACAGCUUGCCUCCCAAGUCGUCUAACCAGGCGGCCCCCGAUGGCGCCCAGGCAGGUUCCACCAAUGCCAAGCUCUUCUAUAAGCAGAACGGACACAUACGGCCGGUGGUAGCUGAGAACCCUGAGUACAUGUCGGAGUUCUCCCUGAAACCUGGCACCGUCUUGCCGCCUCCUCCUUACCGACAGCGGAACACCGUGGUCUAGAUCGUUCCACUUGACAAACAUUUCCCAAUCUGACUCUAGCCGCCAACAACCCCGACAUCCUCUCCGGUUCCACUGUCCAACACAGAGGGGAGUGGAUGCAAGCCAGAGAUGCCCCCAACUCUUUUUAAAUAGCGUGCCAUCUGCUGUAGACUGUAGCGACAUCAGAAGGAGGUGGACCGAACCAAACCAAGCAGACCCAACUCAGACUCUCUCACCUUCACUGUAUUCAAUCUAGUCCAUUUCUGUUCUGUAGAUAGAGAUUGCGCUCCAAGUCACAGAGAAUGUGAAGGUUAUGGUAAUUUUUGGCAAAUAACGGGCACAUGACUGUCACACAGCAGUGGAAGUACUGUAUCUUGUUGUCCCAGUGCAGUAGACGACAACGACGUCAAACAAGAUGGAUUCAGUUAGGGACCUGAACUCACUGCCAACCACUGCGGUGUCAGAUUCUAGGAGGAACACAAUGUUUUAUUGUUUUUUGUUUUCCAGUAUAAAGGUCUGAGGAUGAACAAUAUUCUGCUAAGGGUUUCUGAAAUAAGCAAACACACGGAGCAAAUAUGCUCUGAUGUCAAGAUGUCUGGAGUUGUGAAUGGCCUUGUAGAGUGAAACAGAAACACACGGAGGAAAAAGGACUGAAAGAUUUAGUCAGGAGAAUGACUUUCAGCAACAUGAAAGACGGAGCACUGAAAGCUGAUCAUUUUCAGUCGUUUUGCCAAUAGGAUUAUACUGAACGUUCUUGAAUUUUCCAUCAAAUUUGUGAAACUCAUCUCAUCUUUCUACUUUAACUGUGAUACUGUGAUCGCCAAAACUACAGUGAUCUCUACUUUCACAUUUGUAGUUCAACCAUGGACUUUUACAUUUCCCGAGAACACACAGGGUGACUGCUGUUUUGCUGUUUUUGCUUGACUGCUGUCUACUUGGAAAAACUGAUCAAAAAAACAGCUUUUUCCAAGCCAAAUGGUAUAAGGGAAAAAUACACUGUAAACAUUUUUUCUAUUCACUGGUUGCAGUGCUAAAAAGAUGGAUUUUUAUACAUUGGUUUUCCCAUUCAGAUCAUGAAGCUAAUUUUGAUGAGUAAAGAGUGUCUUGCCAUAAGAGUGGAAGGUUAUUUAGGGGAAUAGCUAUAUCUGCUGAAUAGUGUGAUAAGACCAUCCAUAAAGCAGCUGAACUCAAAAUGGUGAUCAUAGAGACAGGGAGAGUGAGGGAGAGAGCAAGACAGAGACAAAAAAAUCUACAGAGAGGGGAGAGAAAGUUCAUACAAGCCGCCUAAUGAAGACCUCAAGGAAUGAUCAAGACAGCACCAGCAGAGCACAGUAAAAACAGACUACUUUGUGUGUGGGUGUACGUGUAAGUCAGUGUGAUUGGGAUGUUUGAGUGCGUGGAUUCACUUAUUAGAGAGCCAGUUUGGCCCCAGAGGGAUGUCUGUGGAAAAGGUGACGCGCAAGAAGUCAGUGAUGACGGGGUCGACAGCUAAAAACUUCAGUACCGCUGCUAACCAACAGUAAAUUCAACACUGGGUCUGACCUCAAACUAGGCUUCCACAAUAUGACUGCUAUCAAGUAGAAAACACCACAUUUAUAAUGUCACCGGCUUGAAUCAAAAGCGCGCCGAGUGGCCCGACAGUAUCAAAUCUCUGGGAGCUUUUCAUAAUUUUAGGUGGUCCUCAACUGUCUUGUUGUUUUCCGUCGGACUGGUUAAAGGCAGGAACUUAAGAACUUAUAAAGGAUCUAUUAAUGCACAGAAAGUGAUGGUUUUGUGAUUUUUAAAACUGUGCCAAAAUUAACAAGUUUAGAAAAUAGAGUUUUUCUUCGUUACCAUGUUCAUUUAUACAUACAUGCAAAACCGUGCCCAGUUUUGUGCAGGGAUUCACCACAUCUGAACCCACACCUCCUUAUGGCAGCAAGCUCGGACAGGAUAAUGGUACAGAUAGGAAAUGGAUGCAGUCAUUGUUUCUUCCUUGAAGAAGAAACAAUUUGUGUGGCCAUAUCUGUGUUUGCAUUUGUUAGCGAUUCAUCAGUGGCUCCUUGUACAUCAAGAGCCUGUUGUGAGCCUGACCACCCUGCAGUUAUGAUUUAUUCGGCUUAGUCUAAGGUGGUUGUGUAACUCAGACAAAUAAUUACCAACAUAGAUAAAGACCACAUCUUUGUUUGUCAUUAGGCAGACUUUUAACCAGAUGUUAGUAGUAAUGGUACUGCCAUUUGCAGUUUGGCUGCUCCAACUGUCAGUGGUCGAUCACUGAAUUGUUUAAAAUUUAAAAGGAUCAUAUUGUCCAAAAGUCAAAACUCGAUAAACUACCAACCUUGUCGGUGAGAAAUUUUGUUUAUAUACAACUAAUUUGCAACAGCAAAUAUGUUCUGUGAUUAUGUUUUUUAUCAACAUAGUGAGGAAACAUUAAUUAACACAAUGUGGCAAGUUGCAAAAUGUUGAUAAUGAAUGUAUCAGUAAAAUGUUAACUAACAACGUUUUUCAUUUGUUUCCACUGCAAUAUCCAAUCUUGCAAUCCAAUAUCUGCUUGUAGCAACUACGUACAGGUGGUUACGGUUGGGGAAAGAUAAUGGUCUUAGUUUAAUACAGAAAAAGUCCCAAUGACUUGAAGCAUGAGACACGACAUGUUUACUCUUAUUACAUUUUACCAAGACCAUCUUCUUUCACUAAUCCUAACCAAAGUCCCAUUGUUUCUGAAACUUAAACACAUUCAGGAUGCAAACUCCGUUGUCCGGUGGAAUGGUCUGGCACUUCGUACGCACAGCCAGUGAACAUGGUCGGGUAACGAUUACAUUUUGUGCCACAACGUAAACUAUAUAACCUACUUUCGAGGACACAGGGUUGAACCUACACCUAAAUGUCAUCUUCUUAGUUGCUUGUCCAAGUUGAUGAAACAAUUUUUUCACAGUAGCUUGUCUAUGAGUUAGCUGAAAGCUAACUGCCAAUUUACAACAAACAGGAGAUUAUAAAGUUGUCUUUUCUUUUUUCAAGUGCAGCUGUAACUCGCUGGAUUUUAAUUAAUGC